CACUCCAUUGGACAUUUGGAUCCUACAGUGAGGAGUCAUUGACACCAGAGUCAAGACUGGACAUUUACCAUCAUAAUGAAAGACCCUGAAGCAGGAUGUGCAAAUAUCACGUCACCUCCCAGAUAACAAACUUGAGCUGGACAACUACACUACACAGCUACAGCAGCAACAGAGGAUUCAAAACUGGUGAUGCAGAAGACAGAAAACGCCUGAUGACAUCAUGAGCUCAGGGGAAAAGCGUCACAUGAGCCAUCGGAUGGGAAGCAUGCUCCACCACCGCUUCCCUAAUGGCUUUACAGAUUUGUUCAUGGAUGAGACUGAUCGUGAGGUCAGUACUCUGACUGACCGGGCUUUUCGGAGUCUCUGUGUAGGAGAUGAUGCAGUUUACAAUGAUGAGUUCUUGUACGGAUACUCGCCUUUCAGUUGCCAUAAACCCUUGGUGGGUGAUCCUCUGAAAAAGACUCACCAUAAGGAAUCUAAAAAGCAUGGGCAUAGCAAAAAUGAAAAGAACAAUUCCCAGCCAUGGAAGCAGCAGCAUACGAACAUAUCCAACAUGUCCUCCUUUCUGAAGGCCUUCAGUGUCACGGAGAAAAGCUGCGAGGGGAUGCUGAUUAAAAAUGGAGACACUAAUGGGGAAUCAUGGGAUAAGUCAGCCCUUCGGAGCAUCCAAAGAGAGUUAUCAGAAUUCUCCUCGGAUUAUCAUGCUAAUAUGAGAGACAGACAACACAAAAACCAUCAUGGACACACUGAAGAUGGUAUGACAAACAAAACGAACAAAGGUUCUGUACUGUCCUCAGGAAAAUCAUCAAAAGUAAAAAAUGGGAAAACCACUGUGAAAUUAAAGAAACUCAACAUCAAGAACUUUUUCCUGCACAGUGAGUUUAGCCCUUUUCAAUCGUGGAGGGAUUUCAAUCAGUUCCCUUUUGCCCAGGAGGAAACAGUACCGUCUAUUCUUCCCACGGACACUGUCCCUAAAUGGUAUGAUUUACCAUUUUACAAGAAACUUACAGACUCACACAGAAAAGAGAUCCUGCACACAGUGGAGUCAAAGUCGUGCCAGAAAGCAGCAGCAGCAGUUGAACCUCCUCGCACUGUUCCUAAACCCAUCCCUCCCCCUCCUCCACCAAAGGUCCUGCCAAAGCCUUCAGCUUCUCCUGCAGAGAAGAGGUGUUCUUCACAUGUAGGAGAAGGAACUGCUGCCCCCUGGAGACGAAACAGAUCCAGGGCAACUAGCGCUGUUCCAGUCAAUCAGCCAGGAAUACCAAGUCAGGACAGAGACAGUUGUUCAAGGACAGCUGAUGAAAGUUUUUCAGUGGUCAAAAAGGAGUUCAAAUCUGUGGAGGUAAAAGCAAUUGAAGAAUCUAGCUCGGUGGCUUCAACUCCGUUCAGUAUCUGUCAGCUGAUGACUCCAGUCAUUCCCUCCAGACAACCAACAGAAACAUCAGAAAUCCUCCAAGAUGUCCUCUCACCCUCUGCCCUAGACCUUCAACUCAGACCACAUUCUGAGGCCAAGGGAACCCCGGAACCUACAAUCAAAAGAGACGGCUACAAAUCCCUAGCUUCUAGCAUUCUCUUCAACCUCAAGGACAACAGGAAACGGGUUAAAAGCCGUUACAGUCCACCCAAAUUUAAAACUUUGGAGCUGCCUGAGGAUGAUGUCCAAUCACCAUCCAUUUCAGAUGAUGGGAAACUAACACAUUCUGAUGUAUCUGGUUUGAACACUCCUGUCAUUUUGAAAGAUGGACAGACAGUUUGCAGUCCAAUCUUGGAAUCUCCCAGCACACCAACUGCUGAUUUUUCAAAGCAUAAUACUGACAGGAAUCUGUCAGAUGAUUAUUUGCUUUCUAAUCUUCUCCAAUCCAAAAAGGAAGCGGCAGGUGAGGAAACUCUAAUGUCCCCAUUUUUGCACUCGAAAAAGAACAGAAGCCCAGCUGCUAAAAGACAAAACUAUCCAUCUUUGCACUUGUACAGGAAAGCUCCCCAAGAAGAUAUUGAUAAUAAGUAUCUUCAAAUACCUCCAAAGGCUUUUGACCUCCUACAUACUGAAUCUGAUGAGCUUUCACCAGUGAUGUUAGACAAACAAUUCUCCCCACUAGCAUCACAAACAGACAUAGAGCUUUCCCCAAAUAUUUUAACCGUCAACAAAGAUCAGUUACUUGUAAUUUCACCCUACUCAAUUGAGAAAGACAAGUUGUCACCAAACGAACAAGUAGGAACAUCCUGCUCUGUUGAACCAAACAAAGCAAAAGACAAAGAUUUUGGAUCACAGCCUGUCUCAAAGAGGAAAGAAUCUGGCAGCCAAGUCAUAAGUACAAUGGAUGUGAUUAGAGCAGCAAAAGAGGCAAUAAAUGCAGCGAAAAAUAAAGCUAGGUCUGCAGCUCAGUGGUCAGAAAACAACAAGGCAUUUUCAGACGUAGAAGAAAUGGAGCAGCGAGAACUAAAGGAGAGAGAUGGCCUUUCAAAGGACAGAGCCAACAAGAAGAGAGAAAAGACUGUUCCAGCAGACAGUAUUGUCUCCAGAAUUAGAAGUGAAUCAGCUACUAUCGCCCUUGAGGACAAACGUAGUUUUGUGAAAGAGCCUCCACCUGUUCCAAAGAGGAACUUUUCCAAGUGUGACAUUGAAUAUGUUAUUGAUAAACAUCAACCUAAUGUAAGUGAAAAACCCACCCAUUUUGAUUCUAUUGAUGAGAAACUAGAUUUGCCACAAAAUGAAUAUGAAUCUGUUUCAGAACAGAGUAAAGCCAAACAUAUUUUUUCAGCCAAACUGAACAAUUACAUAAAAAAUCAAAGAUGUGCAGCAGUGGAUGAGGAGGAAGUAAGAAAUCUGAAAAAGUACGAAGAGAACGUGAACACAAGAACAGAGAUGGAUGAAAAGUCCGUGGGAGACAGUGAACAUAUUGGUAAUGAUUUGCAUGCUCUGAAGGAAUUGGAGAGGGCAAGAUUUGGAGAUCGUAUUCUUGAGAAUGCUAAAAACAAAUUUGGGCUUGCUAACAUUGAUAAAGAGGCCAAGGCAAAGAGCGAUUUGAUCUCAAAGGAGCUCCGGAAUAUCAAAAGAGGCAUGUUGUCCAUGAGAGGGAAUACAUCAACUAAGAGAGACAUAUUUCCUAAGCAAGACCAGGACCAGGAGAAGCAAGAGGUUUUCCCAGUGAUGGACAACAAUGUCAUAGUAAACAAAGCACUUAUCAAUGAUAAUUACGACAAAGCCAAAAUGGCACUAGAGGAGAUCAUUUCUGAGAGGGAAAAAAGAAAAAAGAAAUCCACAGAGGAUGCAAUUGUUGAUGAGAAAGUCAGUGAGGAGAGUUAUGUAAAAAGGAUUCCGCAAAGUAAACACGCUAUGAAGGAUUCAAUGGUGGAAGGCAGAGAAAAAAAGAAUUCCAGCACAUCUUUGCUAAAAGAGACAGAUGUCAGAGAGAGGUUAACAGAGCUGAGAGAUCAUAAUCAUGUGAGACAGAUUCUCUCACACACUGAACCUAGACUUGGUGAAAGUCACAGACUAGGUGGUAGGAUAGCUUUACCAGGCAUGGACAGGGUUGAGCCACAGCCAAAAAAUCAGGGUAACCUUGUUCUUAAUAAACUAGCUGAUAAUCCAGGCAACAAUUUAGAGGAAGUAGAUAAAAGAUAUGUUGAGAGGAGAGUCUCAGAAGAAAGUGCUGAAAGUUUACUUCAAGAAAUUAGAGGCAAACCCUUAGACACGCCUCGAGUUCCUCCCAGGAGCAAAAGAAUAGGUGGCAGAAGACACGAUAGCAUGAGUAUGCUGGAUGAAGAUAUCUUCUACAAGACUGAGAUGAUUGAAAAUGGUGAGACAUGUCUGAAUAAUAUUAGUUCAACAAGCUUGGAAAAACAGGAAGUUGACAGUAAUCUACUCAUGAAAGAAGCUGAGCCCAUCCAAAGUCCACCUAUUUCUGGUUACGACACACAAUCUGGGCCCAACUUGUCAGUGGCAUCAAAGUUAGAAAGAGAUAAAAUGGAGGCAAACUUGCGGACAAAUUUAAGUCCAUCUUGGGAAACUAUGUUUGAAAACAGUAAUGCUAAGCCACAGGAAGUACCCAAGGUAAAACAAAUUGCCCCUCUAAAACCAGAUCAGUUACUCACACCAGAUGACAGAGCAGGAAAAGUUGUUGAAGUAAAUGAAGUUAGCAAAAGAAGUAAACUCACUCAGGACAUCAGUGCAGACACAGAGACCGUCAGUGAAACUCCCAGGAGCAUCAUCUCACCCACACUGAUGGUGAAUGGUGUUAGCAUUAAUCAGAGCCCACCUGAUCAAUCCAGCUUGUCCUCCAAGUCCUCCUACUUCUCCGUGGACAGUGCACUGCAAAGAAAAGAGGAGACGGAGUCAUAUGUUGACCAUUCGUUAGAAAACAUGAUUAGAGAGCUUGAUAAGGAAAUGCAGUGCACAUCACCUCAUACCAAACAGGACUCUGACAGGACAGAAUAUUAUUCUCUGAGUGAUCAUGAGAGUGAGCCAGAGGUCAUAAGGUCGCAAAUAACAUCCCCUCCCAAACAGACCCAGGUUCCACACAAUGUCAACAAAGAUGGAAGAACUACAUUCACAGACCAAAGCUCCACUCAUGAGGAGGAUGAUCAGACAACAACGUCUCCCACGAACACUCUCUCACCAACCUUGGGGAUCCCUUCCUUAUUUAAGGUCAAAGACAACACUUUCAAUGGUAAGACAAAAAAGACAGCACAAACUUGGGCUCCAAAAACAAGUAUUUUACAGAGGAGUGAAGAGGAGGCACCUCAAGAAAAGGCAACGCCAAAGCUAUUUAAAGCUGAAACUCCUAACACCAACACCUUAGCCCCCAUAACUCCAGGAGGAAACCUUGAACCUACAGAGAUUGUAUUGACCCCUUCACCUCCUGUGUUGUCUUCAGUCUCAAAUCUACCAGUUGAAAAGCCCAAGAAACCUCAGGUCAAUCAUUUCCUUGCAGUCCCACAGGAGGAUGGUGGGUUUUCUGGAGUGAGUCCACUAUCAGAAGAAGUAGAAGGCUUGACAACAAGUACAGUGGUUACAGUUGAAGAGAUAAAAAUGAGCACAGGCGUCCUGGUAGAUCAUGAAGUGUCCAAGGUUCCCAGUGAGCGCUCAGGCUCUACCUGCAGUGGUAAUGACAGUCAAACGGGACUACCUAAACCACCAGCUGUCCUACCUAAAUCAGAAAAGGCUGUUCUCAAGGCCAUAAAGCUGACAAACAGGAGGAUAAAGAAGGAGGAGGCCCAAAAGACUUCUCACAAGUCGUCUCAAAGCAGCAGCAGCAGCAAACACAGAUCUGAGAGACAUAAGAGUGACAAAUCUGAGCAAAAGCUUAGCAGCAGCAGGAGUGGAAGCAAAAGCUCUGAGAGAAAACACAGAGAGAAGAGGGAAGAUGAUCAACAUCACCAACAACAUCACCACAGUAGAACCAGCAAUGACAGCAGUGAGCAAGUACUACAUGAAAAAAGAGGACACACCAUUGAAAGCAUCCACAGAGACAAAGCAGAGGUGAACAGCCAUAGUCACAGGCAGAGUCUCGAUUUCUCGGACUGCAAUAACAUAAGCAAAGAAGCUUUGUCCAGUGUUGCAAAUGAAAGACAAGGUCGUAGCAGCAACAGAAACAUUCGAGAUAAAUCCAGGCGUUACAGUACUGAUCGGGUUUUUAGUAACGUACCCGUCUACAAGGCUUAUGUUGGUGAGAAGUCUUUGGCAGACAGACCUCUGAAUCGAUCACAAAGCUUUGACAGACAAGCAGGAGAUAAAGUGCAACGCAGAUUUAGUGCCGACAUGUCUAUCAACGAAAAGGUCAACACAAGGUCCCAGCACAUUGAGAAAUCUAUCAUGGAUGGGCUCCAGCAGAGAGGGCGAGUCCGAGACAAGGCACCUAGAGAAAACACAAUGAGGAGGAGUCACAGCAUUGAUGCCUACAGCACUGAAGCACCUCAACCUUCCACUCUGUCUCGCCAGUCAAGCCACAACAGCCAGCUUUCACGCCAGUCCAGCUUUGAGCACGCCAUAGUAACCCAGUCAUUCCCUGUGACCCAACGCAAGCUCCUGCAGGAUCCAGACUCAGGGCAGUAUUUUGUCGUUGAUAUGCCUGUGCAAAUCAAGACAAAAACCUUCUUUGAUCCUGAAACAGGCAGUUAUGUGCAGCUGCCAGUUCAACCACAAGAUGGCACCAUUCCUCAGCCAUCACCCAUGGAGGUCUUGACUCCACCUCUGGUCGUUUACCAUGGCUUUGUUCCAGUGCCUUUGUCCCCAAUGGCUCAGAAGGCUACCAUCCAAACUGUAAGUGUGGAUCCAGAGGAGUUUGAACAAAGGCACCUGGAAAGGUCAAGGCAAAAGCACUGCAGAGAGGGUCAGCCCUAUUUAGAGCCCGUAUUUGGUCAACAUGAUCACUUUCUAGGGGAGUUUAUGAGCACAGAGGAGCUGGACUGUCCCAGCUGA